AUGAAUAUUUCACAGAAGACCCCAGUUUUACCUCUUCAGUCUUAUCCUCUCCAGUCUUUUCUUCCUAAGGAUUUCCUUAUGGAGACGUUUAUCAUGUUUAAGGAUCUCAUUGGGAAGAACGUGUAUCCUGCCGACUGGGUCAUAAUGAACAUGAUGCAGAAUAAAGUCUUCCUGCGAGCCAUCAAUCAGUACGCCGCCGUACUCAGCAAGAAGUUCCUUGAUCAAACCAACUUUGAGCUGCAGCUGUGGAAUAACUAUUUCCACCUCGCUGUGGCAUUCCUUACCCAAGAGUCUUUGCAGCUGGAGAACUUUUCGAGUGAUAAACGGGCCAAGAUCUUCCACAAGUAUCAAGACAUGAGGCGACAGAUUGGCUUCGAGAUCCGAGACAUGUGGUACAACCUGGGUCCACACAAAAUCAAGUUUAUCCCUGAGAUGGUGGGUCCGAUUCUGGAGAUGACGCUAGUUCCUGAGAUCGAGCUGCGUAAAGCCACCAUUCCCAUCUUCUUUGACAUGAUGCAGUGCGAGUUUCACUUCAGACGCUGCUUCCAGACGUUUGAGAACGAGAUCAUCACCAAGCUGGAUCACGAGGUGGAAGGCGGUCGAGGAGAUGAACAGUACAAAGUCCUCUUCCAGAAGAUUCUGUUGGAGCACUGCAGGAAGCACAAGUAUCUGGCUACGUCAGGCGAAACCUUCGUAACUCUGGUGGUCCGUCUGUUGGAGAGACUUCUGGACUACAGGACCAUCAUGCACGACGAGAGCAAGGAGAACCGCAUGAGCUGCACAGUCAAUGUGCUGAAUUUCUACAAGGAGAUCGAGAGAGAAGAGAUGUACAUCAGGUACCUGUAUAAGCUGUGUGACCUGCAUAAGGAGUGUGAUAACUACACCGAGGCUGGAUACACCUUACUGCUGCACGCUAAACUCCUCAAGUGGUCUGAAGAGGCCUGUGCCGCCCACCUGACGCAGAGAGACGGCUACCAAGCGAGCACUCAGUGUCAACUCAAAGACCAGCUGUACCAGGAGAUCAUCAAUUACUUCGACAAGGGCAAGAUGUGGGAGGAGGCUAUUAUCCUGGGGAAGGAGUUAGCCGAACAGUAUGAGAACGAGAUGUUUGACUUUGAGCAGCUGAGCGCUUUACUGAGGAAGCAGGCUCAGUUUUAUGAGAACAUCGUGAAAGUGAUCAGACCAAAGCCGGACUACUUUGCUGUAGGUUAUUAUGGAAUGGGCUUCCCCUCGUUCCUGCGGAAUAAGAUGUUCAUCUGUCGGGGGAAGGAGUAUGAGCGGUGGGAGGACUUUGAGGCCAGACUGCUCACUCAGUUCCCCAACGCUGAGAAGAUGAAGACCACGACCCCUCCCAGCGAGGACAUCAGGAGCUCCUCUGGACAGUACAUUCAGUGUUUCACAGUGAAGCCCAUCCUAGAACUGCCACCAAAGUUCCAGAACAAACCCGUAUCAGAGCAGAUCGUCAGUUUUUACACCGUGAAUGAAGUCCAGAAAUUCCAGUAUUCACGGCCGGUCCGGAAAGGAGAGAAAGAUCCGGACAAUGAGUUCGCUAACAUGUGGAUUGAGAGGACGACUUACGUCACCGCCUAUAAGCUGCCGGGCAUCCUGCGCUGGUUUGAAGUGGUGUCCGUCUCAGCGGAGGAAAUCAGUCCGCUGGAAAACGCUAUGGAGACAAUGCAACUGACCAAUGAGAAAAUCAGCAACAUGGUCCAGCGCCACUUAAACGACUCCGGCCUUCCCAUAAACCCCCUCUCUAUGUUCCUCAACGGCAUCGUGGACCCAGCUGUCAUGGGCGGCUUUACUAAUUAUGAGAAGGCGUUUUUCACUGAGAAAUACAUCCAGGAACAUGCAAAUGACCAGGAGAAGAUUGAAAAACUAAAGGAUCUGAUUGCCUGGCAGAUCCCGAACCUGGCUGAAGGAGUUCGCAUCCACGGCGAGAAGGUGACGGAGGCUCUUCGUCCGUUUCACGAGCGUUUGGAGGUGUGUUUCAAACAGCUGAAAGAGAAGGUGGAGAAGCAGUACGGCGUCAGAACACUACCUCCCGUGUCGGACGAGUGGCGGGGCAGUCGGCCGCGUUCAAUGGUUCGCUCCUUCACCAUGCCGUCGUCUCAGAGGCCGCUGUCUGUCGCGUCUGUGACCUCCAUAUCAUCAGACAACUCUCCCUCCAGACCGGGAUCAGACGGGUUUAUCAGUCCGUUGAGACCCCAGAGGCCCAAGAGUCAGGUGAUCAGCUUGCUGGGCGAGAAAAGACUCUCGGUGUCUCCAGGAUCCCCUGCCAACCCGUCUGCGCCCAGCGUCCCACCUCCCAUCACGCCCCGGGCCAAACUGCAGUUCAGCUUACUGUCUGGAUCCAGUCUAGAGCUGAAUGGGACGGGUUAUGGAGAUAAGGGUGAGACUCCGCCCCCACUUCCUGUCAAGAGCAGCAUGGGCGACUAUGGAAACUUGAUGGACAACUCAGACCUGGCCAGUCCGACCACGCCCCCUCCUCCACUGCCACACCAGCGGCACCUUCCGCCUCCGUUACCCAGCAAGACCCCUCCUCCUCCCCCUCCAAAGACCACUCGCAAGCAGACCUCCAUCGACUCGGGAAUCGUCCAAUAAGCCAGAAGACGGCAUCAUCAAACGGAGACAUCCGCAUCGGCCCUCUUCCAACGAUUUUCCGUCAACAUCCCUGACAGAAUGACAUGAUGAAUGCCCCACUCAUAACGGCUGAUUAUUGUCCACUGCCGGAUCAGCGCUCGGAGCCUGCACCCCAGUGACAAUACAAGCUUAGAGACGCAGUCUAUUUCACAUCACUCCAAGCGUCAGACCACAGCACAUAUAGAUGCAGUGUAACUGGAGUCAGGGAAUUCUGGGUAUUUUUGGCAGAUGGUGCAUGUUUGACUAAAACUCCACUUUAGGCAGGAAUGUGCUUUUUAUGCACAUUAUCGUUGAGACGCGUGACCAAUUCAAACCACUUCGGUGUCGCAUAAUCAAAGUUUCCUCUUUCUCUCAUUUUUACAUGCUAUUUUUAUCCUCAACAUAUACACAUUUAUGUACAGAGGUUUGUAUAUAUGAUUUUAUUUUAUUGCUUUCUUGAAAGUAAAUUUUGUCCUUUAUUUUGUAUUCGCAGUUUAUAAAAAUUGGCAUUUUUAUCCAAAAAAGGGCUUGGUUUUCUAAUAAGAGGGACAGUAAAUGUAUUCUUACAUGUAUCUUUUAUUGAAUUUGUGGUGUUGUUCGUUCUCAAUUGGAGUGAAAACAACUAAAAGUCAUUGUACCAAUCAAGCCUAUAAACCACAUAAAAGCAUAUCGAUAACACUGACUGCUCCAAAUCCACUACUGACUUCUGAAUAAACUCAAUGUAUUUGUAAA